AUGAGUGAGAGAGACAUACAGAGCCUGAGCAAAUGGGUUUUCGUGCUCACUCUCUGCCUUACCACGCUGUGGGGACGACUGACGUUGGCCUCCACCCAUCAUCACAGAAGCCAUUCAGUGCACGUAGAGCCUGGCACAUGUGAAGUCAUCGCAGCUCACAGGUGCUGCAAUAAGAACAAGAUCGAGGAGCGUUCCCAGACCGUGAAAUGCUCCUGCUUCCCGGGGCAGGUGGCAGGGACAACACGGGCAGCUCCCUCCUGUGUGGAUGCCUCCAUCGUGCUGCAGAAGUGGUGGUGCCAGAUGGAGCCGUGCCUGGAUGGGGAGGAGUGCAAGGUGCUGCCUGACCUCUCGGGCUGGAGCUGCAGCAGUGGCAACAAAGUGAAGACGACCAAGGUACAUCCCUGGCAG